UUUGUAUAUGGACGCUUUACCAUCAAGACAGAUUGUUUUUUUAAGUAUGAAUUUGAAUCUAGUCAAUAGUCGAUAUUAAGUAAACAAUUUCUUAUGUUGUGUUGUGAGUGUCCAUCCGAAAACAAUGUCUGGAGUACAACGUGCCUUUGCACAGAAAAUAUCGAAGCAACAUGCAUCAGAUGUUCGUAAAAAUGUUGCAAAUUAUCAUUUAUCCGCAAAGAGUGAGAGUAGCUCGGCUGCAUCGUCAUCGAUUUCGUUGAGUGAAAUUGUCGAACCGGUUGAUUAUGAAGAUUUCCUCACUCAGCACUACACUUUGAUGAAUCGCGAUCCGCUGCGGUCUAUUCUCGACUUUCCACCAUCUGAUGUUCAAGUGAAAGUGAUUCCUCGCAAAAUUCGAACUGUUGAUCACAUCGUUCCUGCAGACGACAUCAAUGAGCUACCUCUGCACAUUCAGGAAUGUGUAGAUUGCUAUGUUCGUCCGUGGAAGGCAGUCGAGUUCGCCCAUCGACACUUUUCGAGUUCAUGCUAUUCCCGUGAUCGCUUCGAUCGGGGUGCCUUAAGUCCGAGUGCAUAUCAGCAAGAAUUCGAAAUCGAUCGUGAGUUCUAUUCAUUCGAAGACAAUUCAACGUACAAGAGUGAAAGCUGUACACCGUCAAGCAGACAGUCGAUAGCAAGUUUAUCAUCCGUCUCAUCCUGUACUGAUACACUAACUCCUCGCGGUUCCUGGGCUAGCUUCGAUCUGCGGAGUUCGGUGAACGAUCCACUGAUAUCGGAUCUUUUACACCGUUUACCACCGGAAACGGUUGACCAAACCAACGAAGCACGUCGUUCAGAGGAUCGUCAAGACGGCUUGUUCAGUUUGGGGAUCGAAAAUGAUCCCGAAGAUGCUGUUGAGCGUAGACUACCUGCUGAAAUUCCCAUCGAGCAUGUCGGUCAUCGCAUUAUGGUCAAAUGUAUAAAUUUGAAAUUGGAGCUUGAAGUUGAGCCGAUUUUUGCAUCGAUGGCAAUCUAUGAUGCCAAGGAACGAAAGAAACUGUCGGAGAAUUUUUAUUUUGACAUGAACACCGACGAAUUGAAACGGAUGUUGUCUGCUCAUGUUCCGUAUAGCGAUGUGAGCACGAAAAGUCGUUCGGCAAUAUUUGAAAUCAGCAAUCCAAGCAGUGAUUUGUUUUUGGUAAUUCGUCUCGAAAAAGUUUUGCAGGGAGAUUCAGUGGAACCAUAUCUUAAGGAGGACAAGGACAAACAAACCCGAGAUAAGGCCAAAUGCAAUGCGACCGACUUUUGUGAUCGGUUGGGAAAAUAUCGAAUGCCAUUUGCUUGGACUGGUAUUUAUUUAACAAAUGUGUUCAGUGGCGAUAACCUUGAGAAAACUGACAAGGACAGGGAUAGUGUGGGAACAGCGUCAAGUUCCAACAGCCUCGAUAGAAAAUCAUCGACCAGCAGUUUUGACCAAUUGCGUAAGAAGGCUUCCGAUAUGGGAACAUUAACUCUAUCGCGCCGUGGCUCUUUGGAACGAAAAAGUGAAAAACGUCGAUCAUGGUCACCGGAUGACUUUGCAAAUAGCAUCGAAACAUUUCGACCGAUUUCCAUCAUAGUUUCCAGUUUCUUCAAGCAGGAAUCGGAGAAAAUGAAGGACGAGGACCUAUACAAAUUCCUUCCCGAAUUGAAGCGUCCUGGUGCGGUCAUCAAAAAAUAUAAAUGUAUUCCAGGCUCCAUUCAAUUGGACAUAUCACCAUGUCCUGAAGAUGUUAAAAAUGCUUUGACGCCAGAAUUGGCUAAAGUCAGUCCAUACAUUGAUGACAGCAACAUUCGACCUGUAAAGGAAAUCCUCGAAUUUCCAUCACUUCCGAUCUUCAAUCCGCACUACAUCUACCGGAAUUUAUUGUUUGUCAGUCCGAAGGAGUUGAACUUUUCAAGCCGUGCUGGCAGUGCACGAAACAUUGCGGUACGCAUUCAACUGAUGGGCGGUGAGAGGCAGACAGACGCUUUGAACGCAAUUUUCGCAAAAUCGUCUUGUCCUGAAUUCUCGACCGAAGCUUUUACAGCUGUGAAUUAUCACAAUAAAUGUCCCGCAUUUUAUGAUGAAGUUAAAAUUGCUAUGCCCGCUGAUCUGAAACAGAAUCAUCACAUUUUGUUCACGCUGUAUCAUGUAUCGUGUCAAAAGAAACAGGAACAAAAUGCUGCCAUUGAGACACCAGUCGGAUUUACGUGGCUACCAAUUCUAAAAGAUGGAAAGCUGAACGUUGGAGAAUUCAAUCUGCCUGUCAUGGUUGAGCAACCACCAGAAAAUUAUUCGUUUAUUCCACCAGAUGUUCAACUACCAGGUACCAAAUGGCUGGACAACCAUCGUCAAGUAUUUACCGUUACGGUCGAGGCAAAUACAUCAGUUCACACUCUGGAUCCAAACUUAGAUCGUUUCAUAAAUCUGUGCGAAUAUCUGGAAAGUAAAAAAAUUCCGCCAAGAAUUGGUGAUGCAAAUAUGGAGAAAGAGAUGAAGAAAGCGUUGCUGGACAUCCACAAUUCGGAAUUGGAACCGUUGGUGAAAAAUCUCUCUGUAAUUCUGGACAAGCUAAUUGAACUGCUAAUAACUGCAUACAAAAUCGGAGGACAACUGCUGUCGAUCGGGCCUACAGUAUUCGAGAGUAUGUGCUUGGUUUCACAAAAGCUUAGCUGUCUUCAAGAUGACGUAAACAUGGAUCAAAAUGGUCGACAAUCGCUGCUCUGCACGUACAUACAGUUUCAGAGUAAAAUACCUCAUCCAUUGGGCGGAAAAACUGGCUUGGUAAUAAGUCGAAGCGGAGAUGAGUUGGAAAGGUCUAACAGCAAUCCAAACAUGAGCUAUAAGGAAGAUGCAUCCGUGCGUAGCUUGGACAGAGCAUCCAACAAACACAUCGAUGCUCAUGAACUGUCGACCAACUAUACUGGUCGUGAUGGUCAAAUUCGUUUACUGCACGAGGAAAUCGCAUUGCACUGGGUGGUAGCAAGUGGAAAUGCAUCUGAAUUAAGCAUGACCAAUUCUUGGUUCCUAUUCGAACUGAUAAUCAAGAGUAUGAUCGAACAUUUGGAUCUUACGGAUUCUUUAAAUUCACCGCGUAAGGGACGCUUUCCGCAUCAAUUUACCGACGAUUUGUCGACAAUUAUACAUUUGGUGACGACCAAGGUGGUUGGUUUCCAUAGCAGCGAUCCGAAGCAAGCCCAAAGCCUUAACAACAGCCUUGCAUUUUUCAUAUUCGAUCUAUUGAGCAUUGUCGAUCGGGGAUUCGUUUUCGGCUUGAUCAAAAACUACUACAAAGUGAUGAUAUUCAAGAAUGUGUCCAUUCCGGAUUUGAUUCAUUACAAAUUGGAUUUUUUGCGAGUUGUCUGCAGUCACGAACAUUUUGUUGCUUUGAAUUUGGCUUUCGGCACACCAUACACCACCAUAUCGGCACCAAAUAGUCCGACACCUAGUGUUACUUCUAACAACAGCCAAAACUCGUAUUUGAGCACAAUCGCUAGUAUCGACAAGGCCCUUUAUGCCGAUUUAAGUGCAGAAUUUCGUCAGCAGCACUUCCUUGCUGGACUAGUCUUGGGCGAGCUGUCAACUGUGCUCGAGAUUCCUAAUCCGUCACUACACGGCAAAGCUAUUCGAGGUAUUAAAAAUCUGAUGACUUCACAUGACCUUGAUCCGCGUUACGUUGAACAAGAUGCCAAAGCACGGGUUGCAGCGUUGUAUUUGCCAAUACUUGGCAUUGUUAUGGAUACAAUACCGCAACUUCAUCAAUAUUUACCAGAGUCUCAUGAUCGUAUACAAAACAUUGGCCUUUUAGAAGACUACCAAGGACCGCACACCGUUACAGCCACAACUAUAAGUCCUGAAGUUGCGUACGCCAUAUCUGGAAGCCGAAUGUACUUUUCGUCAGAACCAGUAAAGAACAAAUCGCCACUGAGCAGUGAAAAUACGCGCCAUUUACUGUCAUGCUUUGCUUGGGUAUUAAAAAAUCUCGAACGAUCGGUCCUUUAUCGCUGGACGUUGGGCCUAACGCCACACCGUGUGCAUCAAAUGCUUCAAGUCUUAAACAUCUGUAUUCCAUCCUUUGAAUACAAGGGCCAGAAGCGGCAACCGGUCAAACGUAAUACGCAAAGCUUCCGCAAAACUCCUGACAUGAAGGAACGCUUGGAAGAAUGUAUCCGUGGUACAGGAUCGGCUCGUAGUGACUUAAUGAAUCGCCGUAAAGAUCGCAAUUCCACGGAAAAAUUGAGGUGGCGCAAAGAUCAAAUGCCUUACAGAACAACAUUCUACGAUACGUUGACGAAACCUGAUACCGAGACAGAUCUAAAUUCAUUUGUUGAAGGAUCCUUGGCUACCGAAGUGUGUCUCGUUAUGUUGGAUACAUUGGAAUUGAUUAUCCAGGUUGCGACUGCUUCAGAGAUUCAUCACAAUCUAUUAGGCGUUGUUUUGAAAGUUUUGUUGCACGCACUGUCACGCAAUCAGUCAACGUUGGCUCUACAGAAUCUUUUUGCCACUCAACGUUCACUGAUAUUCAAAUUUCAUAAUUUGUUGUUCGAUGAAGAGACUGACAGUUGUGCUGACUUAUGUUUGCUACUACUAAAACAUUGCGGCUCUCAAUUGCCGAUGGUUAGAUCGCAGGCCGCUGCAAGUCUGUAUCUUCUGAUGCGUCAAAAUUUCGAAAUUGGCAACAAUUUUGCUCGUGUUAAGAUGCAAGUUACGAUGUCGUUGAGUUCCUUGGUCGGCACAAGUUCAUCCUUCAGUGAACAAUCGUUGAGACGGGCUCUCAAAACUAUUCUAGUUUACGCGGAGUCUGACGAGGAUCUGCAGGAUACGACUUUCCCCGAACAAGUGCAGGAUCUGCUGUUCAAUCUGCAUAUGAUUUUGUCGGACACCGUCAAAAUGAAGGAAUAUCAAGAAGAUCCGGAAAUGCUUUUAGAUCUGAUGCAUCGUAUCGCCAAGGGAUAUCAAAAUAAUCCAGAUCUCAGGCUCACCUGGUUAGAGAAUAUGGCGAAGAAACACAUGGAACGCGCUAAUCACACUGAAGCUGCAAUGUGUUAUGUACACUCCGCUGCGCUGGUUGCUGAAUAUCUAAGUAUGCUGGAGUCACAGACACAUUUGCCCGUAGGUGCAGUUUCCUUCAGACAUGUUACACCAAAUGCUAUUCUCGAAUCGGCCGUUUCUGACGACGUGAUCUGUCCUGAUGAUGACAGAAUUUGUUUAGGAAAUCAUUUCACUGAAACGGGUUUGAAAGCACUGCUCGAGGAGGCAGCAAACUCUUUCCAGAUUGCCGGUAUGUAUGAGGCGAUGAAUGAUGUCUACAAGGUGCUGACGCCAAUAUGUGAGGCGAAUCGCGACUUUCCCAAAUUGGCCAAAGUUCAUGGCAAAUUGCAAGAAGCAUUCAAUCGCAUCGCUCAGUUGCAUGGGAAACGAGUGUUCGGAACAUAUUUCCGAGUUGGUUUCUAUGGUGUUAAGUUUGGUGAUUUAGAUCAACAAGAAUUUAUCUAUAAAGAGCCAACGUUGACUAAGCUGCCGGAAAUUUUCAGCAGAUUGCAGAACUUCUACGCUGAUCGUUUCGGUCCGGAUGUAGUUAACAUAAUUAAAGAUUCGAAUUUUGUGGAUGUCAAUACUCUAGAUCCAGACAAGGCAUACAUUCAAAUCACGUAUGUCGAACCGUACUUUGAGACUUAUGAACUACGUCACAGGGAAACCUACUUCGAAAGGAAUUUUAAUAUAAAACGAUUUAUCUUCGCUACACCGUUUACAAAAACUGGCAAGGCACAUGGUGACCUGCACGAACAAUGCAAACGCAAAACUAUUCUCACAACUGCGAACCAUUUCCCUUACGUAAAGACACGAAUUCAAGUCGUUCAUCGUCAUCAGAUUGUCCUUGAACCCAUCGAGGUGGCCAUUGAGGAUAUUCAGAAAAAGACGAUUGAAUUAGCAGCGGCCACUAAUCAAGAACCGUCUGAUCCGAAAAUAUUGCAAAUGGUAUUGCAGGGAUGCAUCGGAACAACGGUAAAUCAGGGACCGAUGGAAAUGGCAUUAGUAUUUUUGUCCGGUUUAUCGGAUGGUACUACAAUUCCAACAAAACUUCAGAACAAAUUGAGGCUCUGUUUUAAGGAUUUCUCCAAAAAAUGUCAUGAUGCUUUGAAGAAAAACAAGAACUUGAUCUUGCCGGACCAAAAAGAUUAUCAAAAGGAAUUGGAGCGAAAUUAUCUGAGAUUCACUGAACGUUUGGCGCCAUUGAUUACUAUUUCACCGACACAGACAAUUGGAGUUGUAAGUGCCAACAGUAGCAACAAAGGCACUCCAUUGCGCUGGUAAAAAAUCAUCAUGAUCUUCGUAGGGUAAACGGGUUAGUUACGGGCCCAUCUGCCAGUGAAUGUGUGCUUGAAAGAGAUAAAGCCAGAGGCUCGUCACUUAAAUAAAUGGGCUCGUAGCUGACCUGUUUCCCCUACUAAUUUUUUUAAUCAAUAAGUUACAACCAAAAAAUGAAAUGCACUCGCUUUAUUUUACAUAUUUAUUUUUUUCUAGCCUUUAAAUUAGUCUUAGUGUCACAAAAAAGCGUAGCAAUGUAAUCGAUGAAAAUUUUAUAUUUCUACUGGAACACCAAAAUUAAAGUAAUCUCGUAGAUUAUCUAG